AUGUCUCUCGCGAAGCUCCAAGACCAUGUCCAGUCAUGGCAGAUCUAUAUCGAGCGCAACCCACUCAUCAUCCUGCUCCUCGUCCUGAGCAUCUGGCUAUUCGGCUACUGGAACCGAAACACUCCAAACCCAUCCAAACAUGCCCCAGAUCCAUACCGGGGGUAUCCCCCCAUCGACCCCCUCCCUGACUUCGACUGGCAGACGACCGAACCACUGGUCUUCCGGCCAUUCAAACCAAAAUACCACUUAACAAUGGCCCUCUCAACCCUGGACCCAUCAGCCCUCAUCCCCAUGGACAAGACAUACAAGCAACGAAUGGCACACCGCGCCACCCUCCUCCAAGCCCACCGAGACGUCAUCCUCGGCGUCAACGACCCCUCCUGCCCCCGCACCCGCGCCGCAGUCAGCGAGCUCUACACCUUCCUGCUAUCCACCUAUCUCCCCACGCGGUAUCCACGCAUGUUCCGCCUCUCCACGCCCGCAGGAGGCAAGCCCCUCCUCGAGAACCGGGUCACGGGCCGCGUCGUCCCCGCGAUAUUCGACGCAGACGCAGAUGCCAGUGGUAGUGGCAGUGGCAGUGAACCAACCAUCGAGGCGCUGGAGACGCUCGGCCAGAUCGUCGACGAGGACUUUCUCAUCCUGCUACCGGAGGUAGAGGCGGAGGUCAAAGUGGAUGGCGAUGACAAGCGCGCGGAUUCGCACGCACCCGAGCGCUACAUCCUCGAGGCAUACACGGCCUACUUCCCCUCUGGGUUUGACACGCGCACGAAGCUGGGCCGCCGGCUGGCGGAGAUCCACGAGCCGGUGCCGGGGUACGCGGCGACGCUGGAGCGGAGCAUGGACCGGUUCUUUGCGCGGCUGGAGGUGGGGAGGUUUGUGCAGCGGGUGAACUGGAGUGUGACAACGGGGACGGGACUUUUUGCUGCGUUUGGGGGCGUUCACGGAUCCGGGGCUGAGGGGAACGGGGACGGGAUUCAGCCGGGGGAGUUGGAUGUCGAUGCGACUGUUCUGCGGUGUGAGCGGCAGACGCUGCAUCGGCUUCCACAGAGUAGGGCGCUGGUUUUUGCGUUCCAUACGUAUACGUAUCCGAUUCGCGCGGUGAAGGAGGAAGGGCUGGGUGAUGAGCUGGCGACGGCUAUUGAUGGGAUGAAGGAAGGGAAUGUGCCCGAAAUCCAUUGGUAUAAGCGGGCGUCUGUCUGGGGAGAGGCGGUCAAGCAUUAUCUGCGGAGUUGA